AUGCUCUAUAAAUUAAUGUACUACAGAGUGGCGCUAAACCAGCGACUGACAAAGGGCGUUGUGCGGAUAAGUGAAAGAAUCGAGCGUGCCAUGAAUUGUCCGUGGAACGGUGGAACACGGCGGCGGUCCCGUAUGUCUGCGCCUGGCGAGCACUGGCGCGGCACUGGGGGGCCCCCCACCAGGUCGGCGCAGUGCGGCGCAGAAUCCGCGCGGGCGAUCCCGGCGCGGCCCGGAGACGCCCAGCCGGGGCGCACCAAUCGCGGCGCUCGCGGGCCGCCA